AUGCAGCAGGAGACAACAUAUGUAUCGUUGCCUUUGUUAACUGAACAGGUUUCAGCAGUUUCUGGUCCGACGGGUGGGAAUUCUCAGCUGCCAUAUUUUAAACGUAGAGGAACUGUUAAUGACGAGGAUCGGCAGCUUGAACGGAACUCAGAAGAGCAGGCUACUACAGUUGACUUAGCUCAGCUGACUAUGAGAAAUUUACGAAGGCCGGUUAAGAAAAUUGAUUACAAAGACAGUUUGCAAACUGCUUCAGGUACUCAAUUUGAAACUGAAAAUGAGAUGUCGGAUGGGGACUUUCAGAAAAUGAACCGAAUUUACAAUAAAGAAAACAGAUUUUCUGUUUUGAAUGCGCAGGAUGAGGCAACUAAAACAUGGGAUAUUGGGAAUGCGAUUGGAAUUCUACCGACAAAAGAUAAGGAUCUAACUGGUGGUUUGUUGAAUUCUAGGAAACAGAAAUUUAUUCGGGACAUGGUUUCUGCUAAUAAGUUGGCUUUCAUGGGGUUAGUAGAGUCUAAGAAGGAAUUAGUUGAUGAUUUCCUUCUUAGAAAAUUAUGGCCGAAUUUAGAUUUUGAUUUUGCUUUUGUCCCUUCUUGUGGUGCCUCUGGGGGUCUUUUACUCAUAUGGAAUACUGCUUUGAUGAAGAAUGUUGUGGUCGGCAAAGGAAAUCAGCGUUCGAUUUUUUGGAGGGAAUUGGGCACGUUGUUGUCUUUUGGAGGAACUAUUAUUGUUAGUGGUGAUUUUAAUGAAAUUUUAAAGCCGGAGGAGCGUGUUAAUUGUGUGGAUUUCUCUCCUUCAAUGCUGGAGUUAGCGGAUUUUGUGAACAAUUUGGAGUUGUUGGAUUUGCAUUUACAAGGUAGAUACUUUACCUGGCAAAAUUCAAUUUCAAAAUCGCGUAUUGAUAGAUGUAUGAUUUCUGCGGAUAUGGGUAUGAGUUGGCCUGACAUGACGCUUACUGCUUUGCCUAGGGGUCUGUCUGACCAUGUUCCUAUCUGUUUUAAGUCUGCAAAAAUAUUUGAUUGGGGUCCUAAACCGUUUAGGUCUGUUGAUGCAUGGUGGGACCAUGAUGAUUUCGAGAAUUUUAUUUUAGCAGCUUGGAGUAACUGUUCUUCUUUGAAUGUUGUUCAUAAUUUGAAAGACUUGCGCAGACAAUUAAAGAAUUGGAAUCGGGAUGUUUUUGGGGAUCAGAACAAGCGAAUUAGUGAGAUUAGUGCAGACAUACACGAGAAAAAAAUGUCUGCCGAUGCUGGGUUAUUAUCGGCGGCAAAAGUUGAUGAUCUUGCUAACCUCAAGUCUGAACUGUGGAAAGCAGAAAAGAGAAUUGAAUCUCUGUGGAGGCAAAAGUCAAGGCUGAAAUGGAAUUUAGUAGGUGACAGAAAUACUAAAUUUUUCCAUAGUAUUGCUUUUAUGCAUUAUAAAAACAAUACAAUUUCUUCAGUUCAGGUGGGUGAGGUUGUAUAUUCAGAGCCUAAAGACAUUCGCUUCCAUAUUUGUUCUUUUUAUAAUUCUCUUUAUUGCAAGUUGUCGUCGAUUACCUUUACUCUCGCAGGUCUUGGUUCUAUGCGAUUGUCGACAGCUCAGGGGGUGCUUCUCACUCGGCCUUUUAAGGAAGAAGAAAUUGUUCGAGCUCUUUGCUCUUGUAAUGAGAAGAAAGCAUCGGGACCAGAUGGGUUUAAUUUCUACUUUUAUAGGAGAGCUUGGCCUUUUUUGAAACCGGCAAUUCUAGGUCUCUUUACUUCCUUCUUUAAUGAUGUUACUUUGCCUCAAGGAAUUAAUUCUUCUUUUAUGGUUUUGAUUCCUAAAGUCCCAGGAUCAUCAAACAUCAAGGAUUAUCGACCUAUCAGUUUGGUCAAUGGCCUCUACAAACUGCUUUCUAAAGUGCUUUCUUUAAGAUUGGCACCUCAACUGUCCAAUAUUAUCUCUGAGAAUCAGCAUGCCUUUUUAAAAGGUAGGAGCAUUUUGGAGUGUUCUAUGAUUUCUAAUGAGCUGGUUCAUAAUGCUGUCAGAAGAAAAGAUAAGGUUCUUGUCCUAAAACUUGACUUUCAAAAGGCAUUUGACAGUAUUGAUUGGGGUUAUCUUUUGUCCGUUAAGAAUUGUAUGGGUUUUCCAUAA